AUGUCAACAACCGAGAACACAACAACAGUUAUAGUCCAUGAAGCUAUAAAUGAAGAAUAUGAAUGGAUACAAUAUAACAAACAAUUGCGUCUAAUUCGUUCGGUCAAAGACGAUAUGUACCAAAUGCAAAGUAUUUUGACUGCAUGUUUUGCUCCAGACACUAAACACGCAGACGAUUGGUUCAAAAACCAAAGCACACAAGAACUUUUGAGUGAAAUUUCUCUAGACCGAGAAUUCUCGGUCUUGCAUAAAACACAUGAAAAUCGUAAAAAUUUGCCAAUAAAUUUAAGAGGAUAUUAUGUACAUAGACUUUUAGUAAAUGCAGUUGCAAUGUGGGCUUCUCCUCGUUAUGCAUGGCAUGUUUACAAACUUCUUGACGAUUUACAUACAGAAAUUAGAAAAGAGCUAGAGAACAAGCCUGAAGCAAAAGACAAAAGCAUUCAGAAAAGAAUACCACGUUCGGUACCAAAAGGAAAGGAAAAGAACUAUAAGUAUAUGAUUUAUACUGAAGAUAUGGAAGACAGUGACAUGGUUAUGUUGCAUUUAGUCAGAAGAAACAACAAAAGCUUUUACGACCUUGCUAAGAUUUACAAAUCUGACAGAAAUUGGUUCUAUCGCGAAAACUUACCGAUUUCAAUGACUCCAAAUGAAGAUGUGAAACAAAUAGUUCAAGAUACUUUACCUCAAACACACUAUGAUAUUAAAGGUUGUACAAUUUUUACCUUCAAAGAAGAUUUGCCAUUGUUAAAGGAAAAAAUAACAGAGUAUUUUGACAACUUCAAACAAGUAGGGUAA